AUGUUUUUGGAGGUUUUUGUGGAUCCUUUUGUAUACUUCUGCGUUUCCUGCAUUUUUGUGCCUAUCCUUGUGGAUCGUGAGCACCUCACGUACGCAGAUGUCAUUGGGUACUUGACUGAGCCAGCAAUGUUGUUUGCCGCAGCGCUGCUCUUUAUUGCUGUUGCCGAGGCGAAGAUUGCCCGUUGGAGGUAUCGUUCCCCGCCCUUGUCAACAUUCUACGAGCGGAUGCGGGCCCGCUGGUAUCUUCUUAACGGCGUGGUGAUUCACAUUUUCAUGGACGGUCUCGUUGGUGUUUUUAAGGCGAGCACACUCCUUGCAAGAAACUACGAGAAAUUUGACAAGCGUUACGGUGCGGCGUUGGGCAACUUUGAAGGAUCCGCGGUGCAUGUUGUUUCCCUCAUGGAACUCUUCGUGAAAGGGCCGCUUUGUAUUUUGCUAUACAGGGCCUAUCAAACCCACAGCCGACACCGUGACGCACUGGAGUUUUUUUCCUGUGUGACGCAGGCGUACGGCACUUUAGUGUAUAUUGGGGAGGAGAUAAUUAGCGGGAUGCCACAUCUUGACGUGGACUAUAAAUUGGAGUUUACACCGCACUAUUUGCUGUACUUUUGGUUUGCGAUAGUGUUUGGCUGUCUUUGUUAUCUUUUCGUUCCGUGUUGGUGGGGGUGGGAAGCGUACAAACGACUCGUCGCGGCAUCCUCGCACCCUGCAAGGAAAGAAAUGUCCGCAAGGGCCGCCCAUCCUCCUCCUCCUUCUUCUUUUUCCUUUUCUCCACCGAAGCUUAAGAAGACGAAGUAA